AUGACAAACAGUGAGGGAAGUCGCACUUCACAAAGAAUGGUUGAGGGUGAAUCAAGCAAUGCAAGGGAGAGAAGGCUUAAAAUGCAAGCCGAUUUGGCGGCAAUGACUCAAAGGAUGGAAGAGUCUGAUGCAGAGGAGUAUGUCUACUCUGAGGAAGAGUCUGAGAGCGAGAGAUUGAGGGAGGAAAGGAGAACCAAGAAGAGGAAUGACCCCAUUAGUAGUGAGAGUGAGCAAGGAGAGUUUGAGAUUGGAGUGAACCUUGUUCAAGAGGAGGGUGAUGGUUCUCCAAGUGAAGAAGGAAGUGAUGACUGA